AUUAUGGUAUUAUCAGUCAACUGAAACAGAUUCGUUUUGACACAAGAUAUCGUGAACCUGUUGCGAUAACGAUAACACAAGAAUAAUAAGUGUAUUUUUGUUUUGCAACAUCUGUGCAUCUUGUUCGACAUCUUUCAUUGCGCGAGGAGACACUAGGAAAUAAUUUUGUCGGCUAUUGCAGGCAACAAAUUAGAUUUGCAUCAAUGUCCACGAUGUCUACAUCGUCGUCUAUGGACGAACGUAUGUUGAAGGGAAUACGGAAGGUGAUACCGAAUUUGAUUAAUACCAAGUACAAAGGCCAAGACGGCAGGAUUGGCAUUUUUGGCGGCAGUACCGAGUAUACGGGAGCACCGUAUUUUGCGGCUAUGAGUGCACUGAGAACUGGUGCCGAUCUCGUCCAUGUAUUUUGCGCGAGAGACGCCAGCGUUCCUAUCAAGUCCUUCAGUCCAGAGCCGAUAGUCCAUCCGGUCCUGGACCAACAGGAUGCGAUACAGCAAAUAAAACCUUGGCUCGAUCGUCUGCACGUUAUUCUGAUCGGACCUGGACUUGGCAGAGAUGAGAAGAUAUUCAAAACAAUUGUUGAAUUAAUAACAAUCUGCCGAGAGGCGAGGAAGCCGUUGGUUAUUGACGCCGAUGGUUUGUUCCUGGUCUGUCAGAAGCCAGAAAUUGUGAAGGACUAUCCCGGAGUUAUCCUGACGCCUAACGCAAUGGAGUUCAGUCGUUUGGUCAAAGCGGUACUGGACAGGUCAGUUUCGCCCGCUCCUGUAGUUAAAACUUCCGACAUGAAGCACGUGGCGGAGGCUCUUGGGAAGAACGUGAUAAUUCUGCACAAGGGAGCGAAGGAUGUGAUCGUGGACGGUCACAAGGGUACCGAGACCGUGUCGUGUGGAUUGGCUGGCUCUGGGAGGAGGUGCGGUGGACAGGGUGACCUCUUAUCCGGUUCAUUAGCGGUAUUCUGGUGGUGGGCUAUCUCUGCGGGAACCAGCGAAUGCGCCUUGUCGCCCUCAAUAGUAGCGUGCUACGCUGCAUCGAGAUUAAUCAGAGAAUGCAAUGCAUCGGCCUUCAAGAUAAGACAAAGAGGAAUGUUGGCCUCGGAUAUGCUGGAACAGAUACAGCCGGUUUUCAGCAAGAUCUUUGAAACUCAUUGCGACAAGUAACGCAUAAUUGCAUCAUUUUUUUCGCUUUCAAUUACGUUGUUUCUAUACAGCGCUGUUUUUUUUCUCAUAAAACAUUAUUACAUAUAUUAGUAUUAAGUGAAAGAAAUGUGGAUGUGCAGUAUCAAUGAUUAUAUUGCCGUUUCAUUAUUGUGGAUUUUAGAACUUCCUCGUUUAUUGGAAGAGGUCGAACUCGAAGCACUGAUUCCUGAAGUGUAUACAUUUAUAUACAAUUUACAAAAUUUUUUUACUGAUAUAUUACAUAAAUUGAAAUAUACGUAUUUAGAAAGUUGGCUUCAGAGAAACGUAUUUAGGAUAAUACACGCUAGUAUAUAAAUAUAUUGGUUUUGUAAUUUUUGUGAUUUUGUA